UGCUUUGUAAUUGUUUAUUUUUUUAAAAAAGCACUCAGUCGGUAUAAUAGAUUACUCCACGUUUCCAUUGUCAAAAAUUUCUAGGUUAGAGUGCCCAAUAUAAACAUUAAAGUGAGUCUAAUAAUGGCAAAUUUGGGCCGAUUUGCACUCCAACGCGUCUUUUUGUCCGGUCGAAGACACUUAAUUUGUACCCCCGUUAAUACUUUGCGAAAUAUUGGCAAAAAUCCAGAAACCACAUUUUUUGCCCGUUGUACUAGUACUAGUACGAAUACAAAUGCAGUGUCUGAGGAGGAGCACCACUCGAUAAUUAAAGAUACGGAAAAGCCGAAAGGCGAGCCAACCAAACAUGAGUUUCAAGCCGAAACUAGGAUGUUGCUUGAUAUUGUUGCAAGAUCUUUGUAUUCAGACAAGGAAGUUUUUGUUAGAGAGUUAAUUUCGAACGCUAGUGAUGCUUUAGAGAAGUUUAGAUACCUGACAGUGUCAGACGAUGAAGCCCGGAAAAAUUUACGUGAGCCAAAUCGAGUCCUUGAAAUACACAUAUCAACGGAUAAACAGGCCCGGACUUUGACUAUACAAGACACAGGGAUUGGUAUGUCAAAAGACGAAUUAAUUGCGAAUUUGGGUGUCAUUGCUCGGUCUGGUUCCAAGGCCUUUAUUGAGCAACUCAAAUCGAAAGAAUUGACUUCUGACAGUAGUAACAACAUUAUCGGCCAAUUUGGUGUCGGUUUUUAUAGCGUUUUCAUGGUUGCCGAUAAAGUAGAUGUCUAUACUAGAUCCUCAAUGGAGGACCAAGGCUACAAAUGGAGUUCCGAUGGCACAGGAUCUUACGAAAUUCAAGAUGCUGAGGGGGUACAAUGUGGCACAAAAAUUGUGCUACAUUUGAAAACCGACUGUCGCGAAUUUUCCGAUGACACAACAGUCGAAAAUGUCAUAAAUAAAUACAGCAAUUUCAUCGGAAGCCCCAUUUAUUUGAAUGGAAAAAAAGCAAAUAUUGUGCAACCAGUUUGGUUGUCUGACCCCAAAAGUGUAACAGUACAGCAACACAACGAAUUUUAUCGGUUUAUAAGUGGGAGUUAUGACGUCCCUAGAUACAUAUUACAUUACAAAACUGAUGUUCCAUUGUCCAUACACGCGUUAUUAUAUUUUCCCGAAGGAAAACCAGGUCUGUUUGAGAUGUCACGUGAGGUCGAGUCCGGUGUCGCCCUCUACACGCGAAAAGUGUUAAUUAAAAACAAAACUGACAACAUCCUCCCCAAGUGGUUACGAUUCGUUAAAGGUGUCGUCGAUUCUGAAGAUAUUCCGUUGAAUCUCAGUCGAGAAUUAUUGCAAAACAGCGCACUUAUCAGAAAACUGCGAGACGUCCUAACUAACCGUGUAGUAAAAUUCCUUCUGGACCAACUGAACAAAAAACCGGAAGAAUAUGAGAAGUUUUACGCCGAUUAUGGUCUUUUCAUCAAAGAGGGUAUCAUAACAAACCCCAUCCAAAGCGAAAAGGAGGAUUGCGCCAAAUUGUUACUGUUUGAAUCUUCGCACAAGAAACAAGGGGAAAAAGUCUCCUUGAACGAAUAUAUCGAGAGGGCGAAGGACUCCAGGACGAUUUUUUAUUUAGCCGCUCCCAGUCGGAGUCUGGCUGAAGCCUCCCCUUAUUAUGAAUCGCUUAAAAGCAAGCAACAAGAAGUCUUGUUUUGUUAUGAGCCCUACGACGAACUUGUCCUCAUGCAAUUGCAGCAAUUCAAAGGUUACAAAUUGGUUUCGGUGGAGAAGGACAUGAGGGACGACAAGGCUGCCAAUGAUCUCAGUAAUUUAGGUGAGGAUAGUUUGAAACGCAGCGAAGUGAACGAAUUGUCAGACUGGCUCAAAAAUAAACUCUCUGGGAGAGCAGUAGAAGUGAAUGCGACCACACGAUUAGAAAACCACCCUUGUGUUGUAACAGUUGAAGAAAUGGCAGCUGCGAGACAUUUCAUAAGGACACAAAGCCACCAAUUAUCUGAAGAUCGACGCUACGCGAUUUUGCAACCCAAGUUUGAGAUUAACCCAAGGCAUCCAAUUAUAAAAAAGUUGCAUAAAUUAAUGACGAGUGAUCCACACUUGGCUGAACUUUUAGCUAAUCAGUUAUUUGCCAAUUCCAUGGUGGGCGCUGGGUUGGUAGAAGACCCAAGAGUCUUACUCACGUCAAUGAAUGCACUUUUAACUAAAGCAUUAGAGAAGCAUUAAGACUCAUUCCCUUUUUUUUUGUAUUUAGUACUUAAUAAAUCGAGUAAAUGAU